AUGGAUGUUUUGUCCUUAAGCUCAAGUUCAAGCCUAAGCAUGUGCAAACCCUUUCAAUCUCAUGGCCUUCCACUCUCUAAACAGCAAAGAGUUUCUAAUGUGAAGUUUGGUGCAGUUUCAUGCAGAGUCACAACCCAAGAAAACUUGUACAAAGUACUGUCAGUGAGUCCAGGAAAUGCAACAAUGGAUGAGAUUAAGAGGGCUUAUAGAUCCAUGGCUCUUCAGUACCACCCUGAUGUGUGCCACGAUCCCUCCAUGAAAGAGGAGUCUACGAGGAUGUUUGUGGAGUUAAAUGCUGCUUACAAGACCUUGUCCAAUCCAAGGCUCCGAGAACAGUACGACACUGAAUUGGGUCAGAGAAGCAAAGUCAUGAGUGUUGGUGUUGAUCAUGAGAGAUGGAGGGGAAGUAAGUUGCAGGAGGAAAUGAUUGAGGUGAAGACAAGGUCUCGAAGACGAAUGGCACAAAAGAGAGGAAUAUCGGGUACCAGAAUGAGAUCACAAAACAUGAAAGACAGACAUUGA